UGACGGGGUGUCGGGCGGGCUCUGGGGCUCCGGAAGGGUCCUGGAGUUAGGGCACAGGCUGCCGGGAGGCCACGCCCCGGCGUCAGGGAGGCGGGGGCCAGGCCGCACCUGCUGUGCCUGGAAGGACACGCUCGGCCCCCCUGUGGUGGCCGCCCACGGGAGGCCGGGCCCGGAGGGUGGCGGUGGGGCCGGGCGGCAGGGGUCACAGCCUCAGGCCGGAAGACGUCUGCUGCCCCACCUGGCCAACCCCUGGACCCCGGGGGGCGGGGCGCACCCAGCCCGCACGUCCUCACCUGCACCCAUGCUGCACCCGCGCGUCCCUGGAAACCUGAGCUGCGGACCGCCCGCCCGGGCCAUGUUUAACUGAGCGCCUGAGCCCGGCGGCCGGGGCCCUGCGGCCAGCUUGGGGCGGGGUCUGGGGCGGCCCCUGCCCGCAGCCCCACCGGGAGCCCCCCUGCAGGAUGCCGGAGGGUGUCAACGGGGCCUCCAGGGAGCUGCGCCCCCGUCUGUGCCACCUGCGGAAGGGCCCCCUGGGCUACGGGUUCAACCUACACAGUGACAAGUCCCGGCCCGGGCAGUACAUCCGCUCCGUGGACCCCGGCUCUCCCGCCGCCCACGCCGGCCUCCGUGCCCAGGACCGGCUUGUCGAGGUGAACGGGCAGAACGUGGAGGGCCUGCGCCACGCGGAGGUGGUGGCCAGCAUCAAGGCGCGGGAGGACGAGGCCAGGCUGCUGGUGGUGGACCCCGAGACCGACGAGCACUUCAAGCGGCUGCGGGUCACCCCCACCGAGGAGCACGUGGAAGGUCCGCUGCCGUCACCGGUCACCAACGGGACCAGCGCUGCACAGGUGAGGGGGGGCAGGACACCAUGGGCUCCAUAG